UCUAAAUACAUGUCUCCACCUUCUUUCCACAAUUCUUCAUCUUCUAGCCAUUUUCUCAAUACAAUCACAAAAGUUAAUAGAGCUAUAAUAACAAAACCAUGGUCUUAACUUCUCAAAAUGAGCUUCCAUUUAAUGAGAACGACUCACAAGAUAUGGUGAUAUACCAUAUGAUAAAUGACACAACUACCCCCAGCAAUAAUUGUAAUAUUUCAAGCAUGCCACCAAGAACCCAAAUUACUUCUUCAUCAAGCAAAUUCUUGCAGCCAGCCAACAAAACCAUAGCCAAUAAGCACUAUAGAGGCGUGAGAAGAAGGCCGUGGGGCAAAUACGCAGCCGAAAUUCGCGAUUCGACACGACAUGGUGCGCGUAUAUGGCUCGGUACUUUUAUGACAGCCGAAGAGGCUGCGUUGGCUUACGAUAGAGCUGCUUUUCGGAUGCGUGGCGCUAAGGCACUACUCAAUUUUCCAUCUCAAGUUGUGGCAGCUUCAAGCUCAGGGCAUUUGGUUAGUGAUCCGAAUUUGAGCUCAUCGUUAAGCAGCAACAAUAAUCUGGAAUCAAGUGGCAGUACUUCAAAUUCGGAAUGUGCUUGAAAAUUUAUUUUUCUUGUUUUCGAUUUUUUUUGUUUUUUUUUUUAAUAAAUUGUCUUUUUGUUAGGUUUAUUGUGAUUAUGUGAGUAUAUACUUAAGGUUAGUUUCUGAUAGAGAACAUUAUUUUAUUUCAAUCAUUCUGAGAGACAUUUCCCUCACAUUUUGAGAAAGGGCCAAAGUUUUAUAUAAUCUAUUUUACAAUUAUUUUUUAAAAAAUUAAUAAUGUUAAAAAGUUAAAUUUUUUUAA